AUGCUAAAAAUCAAGAAAACGCCCUCACGUCCACCAGCUCCGCCACAACCAUUGCUACCGCCAAUUGAAGAUGAUGAGCCGCUUGAAAUUCCGGACGAGCAAGUGAUGAUGGAGCUGGGCUAUGAACCGUAUGAUCCACAAUUUGAUAUGGAUUUCAAUUUUGAAGAUGUCGAGCCAAUGUUUCCGUUUCCGCAAGCUUUUGCUGCUAUCGAUUAUCCGGCCAUGAGAAUUCCAAGGCCUGAUCCUCGAGCUGCAAUGAGACGUCGAUAG